AUGGCCCAGGUGCUGCACGUGUCAGCCCCCUUCCCAGGGACCCCCGGCCCAGCCUCCCCGCCUGCUUUCCCCUCUAAAGAGCCUGAGGUUCCCUACUCGGUGGAGACGCCCUAUGGCUACCGCCUCGACUUGGACUUUCUCAAGUACGUGGACGACAUCGAGAAGGGCCACACGCUGCGGCGGGUGGCCGUGCAGCGCCGACCCCGCCUGGGCUCCCUGCCCCGCGGGCCCGGCUCCUGGUGGACGUCCACCGAGUCUCUCUGCUCCAAUGCCAGCGGGGACAGCCGCCACUCAGCCUACUCCUAUUGCGGCCGUGGCUUCUACCCGCAGUACGGCGCCCUGGAGACACGCGGUGGCUUCAACCCACGAGUGGAGCGUACGCUGCUGGACGCCCGUCGCCGCCUGGAGGACCAGGCAGCCACCCCUGCCGGUCUGGGCUCCCUGACCCCCAGCGCGGCCGGCUCAACGAGCUCACUGGUGGGAGUGGGGCUGCCGCCCCCGACACCGCGGGGAUCAGGACUGUCCACGCCAGUGGCACCCAGCGCCGGGCACCUGACCCACGUGCGGGAGCAGAUGGCGGGGGCCCUGCGGAAGCUGCGGCAGCUGGAAGAGCAGGUGAAACUGAUCCCUGUGCUCCAGGUGAAGCUGUCGGUGCUGCAGGAGGAGAAGCGACAACUCACGGUGCAGCUCAAGAGCCAGAAGUUCUUGGGCCAUCCUGCAGGAGCCCGGGGCCGUGGCGAGCUCUGCCUGGACCUCCCCGAGGCCCCCGAGGACCCAGUGGCCCUCGAGACCCGGAGCGUGGGCACCUGGGUCCGAGAGCGGGACUUGGGCGUGCCUGAUGGGGAGGCAGCCCUGGCCGCUAAGGUGGCCGUGCUGGAGACCCAGCUCAAGAAAGCACUCCAGGAGCUACAGGCAGCUCAAGCCCGGCAGGCCGACCUCCAGCCCCAGGCCUGGCCGCCGCCAGACAGCCCAGUCCGUGUGGACACCGUCCGGGUGGUGCAGGGGCCAAGAGAGGUGGAGGUGGCGGCCAGCACAGCGGCGGGAGCCCCUGCUCAGCGAGCCCAGAGUCUGGAGCCCUACGGGGCAGGGCUGCGGGCCCUGGCGACAUCCAAUGGGCCCGAGAGCCCCCCUGUGUUCCGCAGCCACGAGGUGAUGGAGACGGUGUCCCCAGUGCCCACUGCAUCCACCAGCAACGUCCACCAGGUGAAGAAGAUUAGUAUCACAGAGCGCAGCUGUGAUGGGGCAGCAGGUCACCCACAGGCUCCUGCAGAAUCGUCCUUAUCACCCCCGGAGUCUGAGGGGGCCACCCAGGCGCAGUCAGAGAAGAACACAGGCCAGGUGCCUGCCCACGACGACACCACCAUCAAGGAGCCCAUGAGGCCAGCAGCCUGUCAGGAAUCAGAGUUUGAGGAGGCUGGGGGUGCAGGAGGGGCCCAGGCAGGCGUGCGGUCCAUCAUGAAGCAGAAAGAGGAGCCCACAGACCCAGAGGCCCACCGGAGGAGCCUCCAGUUCGUGGGAGUCAACGGCAGGUAUGAGUCCUCCUCCGAGGACUCCAGUACCGCAGAGAACUUCUCGGACAAUGAGAGCACAGAGAACGAGGCCCCAGAGCCAGAGGAGAGGGUUCCGCGUGUGGCUGAAGCCCCCCAGCUCAGGCCCAAGGAGACGGUGAAGGCCAAGACGAGCCGGGAGGAGUCUCCACUGAACCAGGAGUCUCUGCACACGCCCACAGCUGAGGGGGCAUCAGGAUCAAGUGCAAAAGAAGAGAUCCGGAUGGAGCUGAGUCCUGACCUCAUCUCAGCCUGCCUGGCCCUGGAGAAGUACCUGGAGAACCCCAAAGCCCUCACCGAGCGGGAGCUGAAGGUGGCCUACACCACGGUGCUGCAGGAGUGGCUGCGCCUGGCCUGCCGCAGCGACGCCCACCCGGAGCUCGUGCGGCGCCACCUGGUCACCUUCCGGGCCAUGUCGGCGCGCCUGCUGGACUAUGUGGUCAACAUCGCCGACAGCAACGGCAACACAGCGCUGCACUACUCCGUGUCCCACGCCAACUUCCCCGUGGUGCGGCAGCUGCUAGACAGCGGUGUCUGCCAGGUGGACAAGCAGAACCGCGCUGGCUACAGCCCCAUCAUGCUCACCGCCCUGGCCACCCUGAAGACCCAGGAUGACAUCCAGACCAUCCUGCAGCUCUUCCGGCUUGGAGACGUGAAUGCCACAGCCAGCCAGGCGGGGCAGACAGCCCUGAUGCUGGCGGUCAGCCACGGACGGGUGGACGUGGUCAAAGCCCUGCUCGCCUGCGAGGCGGACGUCAACGUCCAAGAUGACGACGGCUCCACGGCCCUCAUGUGUGCCUGCGAGCAUGGCCACAAGGAGAUCACGGCGCUGCUGCUGGCCGUGCCCAGCUGUGACAUUUCCAUCACCGACCGUGAUGGGAGCACGGCUCUGAUGGUGGCCUUGGACGCAGGACACAGUGAAAUUGCGUCCAUGCUGUAUUCCCACAUGAACAUCAAGUGCUCGUUUGCCCCGAUGUCAGAUGAUGAGAGUCCUGCAUCAUCCUCUGCAGAGGAGUAG